AUGGACAGUGAAAUGUCUGAUGUGGAACAUGGACCUGGAUCGCGUAAUAAUUAUUUGCAAGGGGAGAAUGCACCGCUCUACUGUAUCUGCCGGAAACCUGACAUCAAUUGUUUCAUGAUUGGAUGUGAUAACUGCAACGAAUGGUUCCAUGGACACUGCAUAAACAUUACAGAGAAACAGGCCAAAGCAAUCCGUCAGUGGUAUUGCAUGAAAUGCAGAGAUGAAAAUUCUUAUUUGGAAAUAAAGUUCCGAUCCAAGAAAAAUCGUGACAAAGAAAUAGAUUAUGACAACAGGUCAGACAAACAGUACAGCACUCCAAGUACUCCUGACUACAGGCUGGAAAGACGACGUGGGUCCAAAGUAAAGCGAUCCGUACGCAUGUGUGGUGAAUGUGAGCCGUGCCGAAGGACAGAAGAUUGUGCUCAGUGUGACUUCUGCAAGGAUAUGAAGAAGUUUGGAGGCCCUAACAAAAUCAGACAGAAGUGCAGGUUUCGCCAAUGUGAAGUGCGAGCCAGAAAAAUGCUGCGUGUGAAAGAAGAGGAAAUGUCUUUAAGAGAAAGAAGAGAGAAUUCCCAUCACAGAAGACGUCAUUACUCUGAUGAUUAUGACAGUGAGGUGGAUCUGUACCAACGAUACAAAGCAUCAGGAAAAUAUGAUGAGAUGGCAUGGGCCACUGAUGACGAUGAUGAUGAGCCACCUUUUAGUCCUGUGAUGCGUAAAAAAGCGGUCAAAGUCAAGCAUGUUAAGAGAAGAGAAAAGAAAAUUGACAAGAAGAAAGAGUCUCGACGCCACAAGCAGAAACAGAAGCAUAAGGAUCGCAGCAGGCACAGUGAAAGAGGAGAAAGGGGAGAUAAUGGUGGUCAGCGGCAAUGUCUUGGCCCCAACUGUGUAGAGGCAUCAAGACCCAACUCCAAAUAUUGCUCUGAGGAUUGUGGCAUGAAGCUGGCUGCAAAUCGAAUUUAUGAAAUCCUGCCGCAGAGAAUCCAGCAGUGGCAGCAAAGCCCAUGUAUUGCAGAGGAACACGGAAAGAAGCAGUUGGAGCGUAUCCGCAAAGAGCAGCAGAAUGCUCGGCUGCGUCUCACUGAAAUGGAACGUCGAUUUCAUGAACUGGAAGGAAUCAUUGCCAAAGCCAAACAGCAGGCGGUGCAGCAAGACGAAGAGACAAAUGAAGGGGACAGUGAGGACACAGACCUACAGAUAUUCUGCGUCUCAUGUAGCCAUCCAGUGAAUCCAAAAGUGGCAUUGAGACACAUGGAACGAUGUUAUGCAAAGUAUGAGAGUCAAACAUCAUUUGGUUCCAUAUACCCCACGAGAAUUGAAGGUGCGACCAGACUGUUUUGUGAUGUGUACAAUCCACAAAGCAAGACCUAUUGUAAACGGCUUCAAGUGCUGUGCCCAGAACAUUCAAGGGACCCGAAGGUGUCAGUUGAUGAAGUCUGUGGAUGUCCUCUUGUUAAAAAUGUCUUUGAGUUAACCGGCGACUAUUGCAGAGUCUCAAAAAGAAAAUGCAACAAACAUUAUAACUGGGAAAAACUCAGAAGAGCUGAAGUAGACUUGGAGCGUGUGAGAGUGUGGUACAAGUUGGAUGAACUCUUCGAACAAGAACGAAAUGUAAGAACGGCGAUGACCAACAGAGCUGGCCUGCUGGCCUUAAUGCUGCACCAGACAAUCCAACAUGACCCUCUGACUACUGACCUCCGCAGUAUUAAGGACAGAUAG